AUGGCAGACGGCACUCAGAAUCGAGGCGAUGAGCGGACGCCGCUCUUAGGCUCUGGCGCCGGCGGUAGAGAUCCUGGGACGGAAGACAACACAGGAGGAGAGGCCGAAGACUUUGCCGACCUUAACCGGCAGGUUAAAAGCUGGAAGCGACGCCGAUGGAUCUCAUUCGUCGCUAGCCUUUUCCUAAUCUACUUUCACGCUCGAAAGGCAAACUACACAUGGGUCACCGACUCCUCCUUUUGGAUCAGUGGCUCAUCCUCACCAGAUGAUCUCUCACCUGAUUACCAGAGCAUCGAUCCAUGCACGAACUUCGAUCAACUUGUCUGCCAAGGCUGGCAAGCCCGUCACGAUAUUCCAGAAGACCGGAGCUCUUCUUCGACCUUGUCUUUGAUGGCUGAGGAAGGUCAAACCACUAUUAGGCACAUCCUGGAGGGCUCUUAUCCUGGCCAAUCCAAGCACUCCUCAUUUUCACCUAUGAGACUCGCCUCUGUAGUUGCCUCCACCGACGAAGAGAACUUCAAUGUCAUGAAGGUUGCUUAUAAUGCCUGCAUAAACGAGACUGCAAUCAAGCAGGUCGGGGUUCAACCACUGGUUGAUCUAAUUCGAGAGGUUGCGGAAGUUUUCCCGGUCGUUGACGGCUCUGACACUGCCAAUGAGGUUCUUGGGAAGGAUGACUAUGCCAGACUUAGUGAUACCAUCCUUCUCCUGGAGAAAUGGGGUGUGAGCACGUUCGAGGAACUGGGAACUGGUGCAGAUGACAAAGACCCGGAACUCGUCAUUAUCCAAGCCUCCCCUGGAGGAAUUUCUCUUCCGUCGCCAGAGUAUUAUGAUGACAAGGACACCAUUCACAAAUACGAGGAGACUCUAAGCGCUGUAUUCGGUAAACUGCUACCCAAUAAGAAGGCUCAGGCCCAGGCGGAUAAAUUGGCAAAAUCAGUUGUCGAGCUUGAGAAGAAGAUAGCAGCAGUAACUCCGCCCCCGGAGGAUCAGCAAGACGUUACUAAAUACUACAACAUCGCGAAGGUAUCUGAUGCUGGUAAAAUUGGGCCAGCCUUGCGAUAUGACCUGGUUCUUAAGAGUCUUGUGCCGUCCAGCUAUACUACAGAUACAAUGCUGCUUGCCUUCCCCGAAUUCCUGGCAAACGUCUCACAGAUAUUGACUGAGACUAGCAAAUCAACAAUCCAAGCUUACCUGAUUUGGAAUGUCAUUACAGCUCAUCACAAUCACGUCGAAAGCUCGGAAGUCGAACCUGUGUCCCGCUUCUUCAACGUUCUAGCAGGGAAAGAGCCUGAUACCAAGUCCGAGCGCUGGAAGACUUGUAGUGGUGUCGUUGGCAACCAAGUCGGCUGGAUCCUGAGUCGAUUUUUCAUCGAAAAGGCUUUUUCAGAGGACGCCAAGAAAUUUGGAGACCAAAUCAUUAUGGAAAUCAAGCAGCAGUUCAUCUCGACGCUCAAUGGUCUCAGCUGGAUGGACGACAGCGUCAAGACAUCUGCGAUACGAAAGGUCAACUUGAUUGAUCAAAAGAUUGGUUAUCCGACCGAGUCUCCUGAUAUUAUGAGCCCAGAAGCUUUGCGGGACUACUACCAAGGCCUGGUGAUAUCCGAGUCCUUUUUCAACAACUCGAUUUCCAGCAACCUCCUGAGCGUUAAUAAAACGUGGUCGGCACUGGGAAAACCGGUUGAUCAUGGAAAAUGGGAAAUGCUAUCGACCACGGUCAAUGCCUACUACUCGCCUGUCGGCGCCGAGAUCGUCUUCCCUGCCGCCAUCAUGCAAUUCCCAGUCUUCCAAGUUGACCUCCCAUCGUACAUCAGUUACGGAGCCUUUGCUGCUGUCGCAGGGCACGAAUUGUCGCAUGGUUUCGACUCGUCUGGUCGCUAUUAUGACGAGCACGGCAAAUACACAGACUGGUGGACCAACCACACAGUCGAGGAGUUCACGAAACGAGCCGAUUGUUUCGUCGACCAGUAUUCAAACUUCACAGUCGACGUGCCUAAUGGAAAACCGCUACAUGUGAAUGGACGACUUACCCUGGGUGAGAAUAUUGCCGACGCGGGAGGCUUAGCAGCCGCUUUCAGGGCUUGGAAACAACGCCAGCAAUCAAGCCCUGACGAGGAUCUGCCCGGUCUAGACCACUUCAGUCACGAACAGCUUUUCUUUAUUUUCUAUGCCAACUGCUGGUGCGGAAAGAUUCGGCCCCAACAAGCCGUACAGUACAUAUACACCGACCCUCAUUCACCAACCUUCGCCCGUAUCUUGGGCACAACAGCGAACUCCAGGGCCUUCCGGGAGGCAUUCUCCUGUCCCGUCAAAGAGCCAACGUGCGAAUUGUGGUAA